GUCAUGGCGGAAGGCCCAGACCCCAGAGACAAGCCGCUGGAGGAGCUGGAGAGAGAGAUCACGUGCGCCGUGUGCCAUGGAGUCUACCAGCAGGCCAAGUUGCUUCCCUGCAACCACUACUACUGCUCGACGUGCAUCGAGAAGAUGGCGGCCGCCUCUCGAGGUAGGCCGUUACACUGCCCCGAGUGCCGCAAGGAGACGAGUCUCCCUCCCGGCGGCGUGGCCGCGCUCGAGCCCGCCUUCUUCGUGGAGAGAAUGAAAGACGUGUACGGGAAGAUGGCAAAGGCGGAGGGGAAAGUGGAGGCGUUUUGCGAGCAGUGCUCAGCGGCAAAGUCCGUCGCCUUCUGUCGACAGUGUACCGAGUUCAUUUGCGGCGAUUGCGCGCGUUCCCACCAGAAAAUGAAGGUCUUCGCGGGUCACGUUGUCGCUAGUCUGGAAGAUUUGAAAAAAGGUGGUGCAAAGAGCAUCCCUUUGAAAGAAGCGCCACCUGUCGCAUGUGCGGACCACGGCGAGCCUAAGAAGCUCUUUUGCUUCGACUGUGACCGCCUCAUCUGUCGAGACUGCACCAUCAUCGACCACAGAGACCACAAGUUUGAGUUUCUGACCAAGUGUGCCCCCGAGAGCAGGAAGACACUGCGCCACUCGCUGGCUCCACUCCAGAAGGUGGUGGCUGACAUGGAGGGUGCCGAGAAGACCCUGGUUUCUGAAGAGACUAAGGUGGAGAGGCAGAAGGAGGAGGUGUGUAGGUCCAUCCAGCAGUCGUUUGACCAGCUGAAGGCUGUUCUGGACCAGAGGAAGGCAGAGCUGGUGAAGAAAGCCGGCUCACUGGCCCAGGAGAAGAAGGAAGCUCUGGCGGCUCAGAAGAGGGUGCUGCAGGUGGCACAGAAGGAGGUCCAACUUCUGGUGGAGUUUGUGGAGAGGAACGUGGAGGGCACGAGCGACCAGGACCUCAUGAGCAUCCGGACACAACUGGCGACCAAGAUGGAGGAGGAAGAGAAACGUCAUCGACAGCUGUCCCUGGAGCCAUCAGCCACUGCCGACAUUACCUGCAACCUUCCCUCUCCCCACGUCAUUCCUGAUGAUCUUGGCUCUGUAGUCGUGACGAAACCACACCGCGACUCUUUACAGAACUCCCGAGCACCUAUUGAAUGUGGUUCCCCAGUGAAAGUGAGUCUGGCUGCCCCCACAGCCUCCCUGGAAGACGUCUCUGCCAGUCUGAAAUGUGUGGCGGAUCCAUCAUCAUCACUAGAGGGAGAGGUGGUCGGGAAUGGUGUAGGGAUCUUCAGCAUCUCCGUCACUCCUCAGGUCAGAGGUCGACAUGAUCUCAUAGUGAAAGUGAAGGACAAAGAGAUUGGGGGGAGCCCCUUCCGAGUCUUCGUCAAAUUACCUCUCUCCCAGCUAGGACGAGGAAAGCUUCGUAGCAUAGGGAGCUUGGAGUUGCCAUGGGGAGUAACCGUUAACAACAAACAGCAGCUAGUAGUUACUGAGACUGGGGUUUUAGGUGGUAGGAAAAGGGUAACUGUUAUGACCAGAAAUGGAAAGAAAGUUCAGACCAUUGAGUGCAAUCAAUUCAGUGUUCCUUUUGGAGUAGCAGUUGAUUCAGGUGGAGCUGUCCAUGUCACUGACAUUAAUGCCGGGCGCCUUUUCAAAUUCAGUUCAAAUGGUCAACUCCUGAAAACAGUUGGUGGUGAGCUACAGAAGCCAUGCUCUGUCAAGAUCAUUGACAAUCAACUCUAUGUGGUGGACACUACCAGACAGUUGGUGAAGAUAUUUGACAUGGACUGCAAAGUUUUGGGAACUAUCAUAACAAAGGAGUGUCCUGAGCCUCAAGACGUAGGUCCUGAAGGUCUGUAUGUGGCCGGUCAAGGGAAGAUUAGUGUGUACAGGUGUGCUCCAAAUGGAGUCUUCAUCCGCCACCUCAAUCUAUCACCAUCUUCACUGGAGCUCUCUGAAUUUAGGGGGAUAUGUUUUGAUACCAGAUGUGGUCAUAUCAUUGUUAGUGAUCGGUUUAAUGGUGUGUAUGUAUUCAAACCCAGUGGUGAGCGUGUUGGUCAUGUCAGUAGUGAUGUCAUCCCUGUACCAGCUGGAGUCACUGUUGAUGAAGAUGGCUUUGUGUAUGUGUGCAGUUUUAAAGGUGAUGUUAAACUUUUCAUCUUGUAAUAAAAUUAUUUC